UCUUCCUUUGGGGCCCAAGUCAAAUUUGAUGAUGACAGAUGUGGACUCCCAGCUAAAAUGUUUCAACAAAACAGGGAGAGGAAAGACAUGAAGGGAAAAGAAGAGAAGGGUGAUGAAGAUGUACUUUCAGACAUGAGACUCACUGGAUGAUCAUUUCUUUGAAAUCAACUUGAAUAAGUGAAAAGUACCAGAGGAAUUCACUAUGACUGAGCUAACUCAAAAUUCUAUAUUGCCAACAUCUACUUACCAAAAAAAUACUGAUUCUACAAAAGAAACUAUACCUCCAGCAGCCUCUAAAGCCCAGGAGUCCAGUAAAUCAUCAAACAGACUAAUGACUGAAAAACAGCAGGAAGAAGCAGAAUGGGAAAGUAUAAGUGUUAUGUUGAUGAUGCAUGGCUUAAGACCUUUAUCUCUAGUCAAAAGAACAGAUCUUAAAGAUCUCAUCAUUUUUGACAAACAGUCAUCACAAAGGAUGAGACAGAAUUUGAAAACAUUGAUGGAAGAAACAACACGUCAACAGAAUAUGAUCCGUGAGCUCAUAGAAAUUAAUCAGCAACUUAAAAAUGAACUUCAGCUAGAACAAUGCCGAGCAGCAAAUCAGGAACAACGAGCUAAUGACUUGGAACAAAUUAUGGAGAGUGUAAAAGCCAAAAUUGGUGAAUUAGAGGAUGAAUCCCUAAAUAGGGUUUGUCAACAACAGAAUAAAAUACAAGACCUUCAAAAGGAGCAGAAAGCUUUACAGGAUAAAUGUCAGCGUUAUAAGAAAAACCGAAUGGAACAACAAGAAACUAUUACUUCUUUGCAAAAGGAUAUCUAUAGAUUAACAAAGGCGGACGAAGAACGCAUUGCCACUCAAAACAGAGUGUUUUCCUAUCUCUGCCAAAGAGUUCCUAAUACCAUCUUGGAUAGACAGUUGCUUUGCCUAAUUGAUUACUAUGAAUCUAAAAUCAGAAAAUUUCAGAAGCAAAGGCAAUAUAAAGAAGAUGAAAGUCAGUCAGAAGAAGAAAAGGAUUACAGAAUUCUGAAUGCCUCACCAACUUAUAAAGGCCUUCUAAUGUCAUUGCAGAAUGAACUGAAGGAAGCAAACUCUAAGAUUGAUGUACUUUUAAGUGAAAAGCUGAAUCUCCAAAAAGCUUUGGAAACCAGGCCCACACAACAUGAAUUAAGACUUUAUAAACAUCAGGUAAAGAAGCUGGAGAAAGCCCUUAUGAAAAGCACCAGACUAAAGAAUCUUAUCCAUCAAAAUAAAACUGAUGACACAGAGAAAAAAGAUGAGCUCAACAAAGAUAACCAGCAUCAGGCUCUACUUGACCAAAGAUACUUUCAGGUCCUGUGUAGCAUCAAUUCAAUUAUUCACAACCCAAGAGCUCCAAUAAUAAUUUAUAAACAGAGCAAAGGAGGAGCCCAGCAUUUUCAUAAAGAUUUUGUUCAAGAUUGUGGAUUUGAGCAUCUUAUUCCAAUAAUAGAAAUGUGGGCAGAUCAGCUGACUUCCUUAAAGGAUUUAUAUAAGUCCUUGAAAAUACUAUCUUUGGAACUGGUACCUUGGCACAGUGUGAAGAAGCAUGAUGAAAAUGAAGGUAUCAAAGUUGAAGAUCUGUUGUUCAUAGUAGACACUAUGUUGGAAGAAGUUGAAAAUAAGGAAAAGGACAGAAAUAUGCCAAACUUUCGGACUUUGCAAGCUAUUGUUUCUCAUUUCCAAAAAUUAUUUGAUGUCCCUUCUUUAAAUGGAGUGUAUCCCCGAAUGAAUGAAGUUUAUACUAGACUUGGAGAAAUGAACAAUGCAGUGAGACACCUCCAAGAACUCUUAGAAUUAGAUAGCUCGGCCUCAUUGUGUGUGCUAGUAGACACAGUUGGAAAAUUGUGUAGACUGGUAAAUGAAGAUAUCAAUGAACAGGUUAUGCAGGUACUGGGACCUGAAGACCUCCAAAGCAUUAUCAACAAAUUGGAAGAACAUGAGGAAUUUUUCCCAGCAUUUCAGGCAUUUACUAAUGAUCUACUUGAAGUCUUAGAAAUUGAUGACUUGGAUGCCAUUGUACCUGCAGUAAAGAAAUUAAAAAUACUUUCAUACUGAAAACAAAUCAAAUCAUUUUUACUGUGUAAAUUGCAUUCUUAACAUUUUAAGUAUUCUGUAGGAUUGAUCUUAUUUUGAGACAAGGGUUAUAAAAUACUUUUACUCUCAGAAUUCAUCCCCUCCUUAGUGUUGGGUACUGCAUUCAUGUAAUUUAUAUUGACUUUGAGGUUCUUAUAUACAGUUGCUAAGUUACAGUAGUUGUUAACUUUACAUCCUUUAAUCAUUUCUUAAGUAAUUUUUGUUCUUAAAUUUUAAGAUUGUUUUAAAGUACAGUGUGUGAGUAAAAGAGAAACUUAGGGAGGAAUAGUAUGAGUAGUAGAAAAGUUGCAUUUAAAGUCAGGGUUUAGUGGCUUUUUGGUUUUGGGAAUAAGGAUUGUCAAUGGCUCUCUGAAGUCCAGCCAGUAGGAAACUGUUGCUUUCUUGGCAAAGAUUAAUUGGCACAUUCUACUACGAUAGGCUUCAUGGCACUUGCCCUUUUAAAGCAGCAAGUAGAAAAGGAAGAAGGAAAAAUGUUUUAUUCUGUUAGGGUAUGACAUGAAUCACGGGGUGAAAUAGAUGAGUAGAUAAGUCUCUCAUAGAAAAGUGUCUUUUUUGCAUCUUUUUGUAAUGUACUUUUUAUAAGGACAUGAGAUCUUAAAUAAAACUUUUGUAAAGAAUUUCCAA